CGCUUGAACCAAAUUUAGAUUAAAAUAUAUAUUUCCUCAGUUCUGCUCUUUAUGCUUAACCCACACGAUUUGUGUGCGAUCGUCAUUUUACAUCAUCCAUUAAUUCUGUGUAGUUUUUUGUGUGACAUUGCAUAUAUGAAUAGCUUUAGCUGUUCCCUCACUUUUAUGUAGUAUUGGGGGCCACUCAUCAUUAAACAUAAAUAUAUGGUUUUGUUGGACGAGGUCGGAAUAUGGAGAAUGGUCUUUGAGGUUAUUGAAGGGCACAUCGAAAUAUAUUCAGAUUAUCAUAUUGAUUAGUACAUAGUAAGGACCACCAUCGUGAAAAUUUCUACCUCACGUUUUAAAUGAUGGAAGCCUACUUGUGUUUUUGUUGUUUUAUUCAAUUUCCACAUUUUUGGCCGAGGGACACGUCUUGGUACAUAACACGCCAAACCAAGCUUGUUAGUAACGGAUUAGCUUACCAAUGUACUGAUGUGAUUGAUUCUUUUAUCCAAGUGGACUUCAAUAAAUUUUGGACAUAAUGCAUUUAGUGUAUUUCCUGUAUCUCAAUGUUGGUGGCAGAGGGGUCAUUGGGGACCAGGCCAGUCUCUUCAUAUAAUCAUCUUUAUUUCACAUUCUCAUUUAUUAACUUUGGCAACUUGUAAUCAGUUUGUCACUUUCCAAUACUGCCUAGACUGUGGGCUAUUCUGCAGGUCAGUCUUUCAACACAACCUAAAUUUAUGGGUGUAGUGCCAAUUGCCAUGGAUUGAAUUGAAAGCACACAGUAAGCAGUAGUUAUGUCGCUCAGACCGACGCAAGUUAAUUUUGAUGAGACGUGGGCCGGCCUCUCGAAGACGGUGCAGGCCGUGCUGACGCUCCGGCCCGUGGCCCGGGCAGAAUGGAACGGCCGCUUCUCUGACGUGUACAGUCUGUGUGUUGCUCAGCCUGAACCACUCGCCGAUCGGCUGUAUAGGGAACUGAAGGAGCUGUUGCAGAAACAUGUCUCUGCACUGAGGCGUAAGUUGGCGAAACUUCCUGAUAGAGAGCUGUUGCAACAGUACCACCAGGCAUGGGAAUUUUACAAUACGGGCGUGAGUUACUUAAACCAGCUGUUUCGAUACCUGAACCAGCAACAUAUCCAGAAGAGGCGUGCAGUUGAGCCGGAUCUCAUGUAUUCCUCUGAUGCCGACCUCACACAGCUGGAGUGUCCGCUGGAGGUCGGCGAGUUGGCAAUGGAACUGUGGCGCCGAGAGAUGAUAAUAUCCACGGAGUCGCGCCUCAUCCCACAGUUGCUGGCAGCGUACGCGGCCGACCGUGACGGCGAUAGCCGCAAUUCCGACGCACUGGCGGCAGCAGUGCGCUCUCUGGUCGCUGUAGAACAGUUUGCCCCGGCCUCGAAUCGCGAUUCGCUGCACCUCUAUAGGACCAUCUUUGAGAAAAGGCUGUUGGAAGCAAGUGGCCAAGUUUACCGGCAGAGGGCCGCCCAGCUGCUGCAGCACGGGGACGCGGCACACUACGUGAAGGCCGUCUCCGCCUUCCUGAGGGAGGAGACGGAACGAGCGCGCCGCCUCCUGCACCAGACUUCCGUGUCGCGUUUCCGCCAGCGCUGCGAGCAGCAUCUCGUUUCGGAUCACCUGCAGUUUCUUCAGGAAGAAUGCCAAAGGGCGACUCGAGCAGAAGACAGAGUUGCGCUGGGAUCUGCGUACCCACUGCUGAGGGGCGUACCUGCCGGUGCCGUCGUCAUGAGGGAGGAGCUAGAGAAGCUCGUCAAGGAACGCGGGCUCAAUGAGGUGUGGCCUGCCUCGGGUCAAGCUCCAGCGCCUGCAGACUUUGUGAGCAACGUGCUGAAUAUCUUGGAGCGGUACCACGACCUGGUGAUUGAUGCGUUCCUGGGUGACAGCUCGUUUACUGCCGCCCUGGAUCGAGCCGUGUCACGUGUCGUUAACCACCGUCUGCAGCCUAACACCCCCUGUCCCGCUCCAGAGAUUUUGGCGCGACACUGCGAUACGUUACUCCGCCGGACGGGUAAUACGGUGGACUCGGAGUUAGACGAACAGCUGGCCCGUGCGGUAGCCGUCUUUAAGUAUCUCGAUGACAAGGACGUCUUCCAGAAGUUCUAUGCGCGCAUGCUGGCGAAGAGGCUCAUUUUUCAGCACAGCUUGUCAAUGGAGGCAGAGGAGGCGAUGAUUGGCAGGCUGAAGCAGUGCUGUGGGUGUGAAUUUACCAGCAAGUUUCACCGAAUGUUUUUGGAUGUCUCCGUGUCGAGUGAUCUGAAUCGGAAGUUCGAAGAUGCAAUACCGCCAGCACCAGGUUCUGCAUCCUUUUCUGUGCAGGUCUUGCAGGCAGGGGCCUGGCCACUGAACCCGGCUCCCAUCUCGCCAUUUGCUCCACCGGAAGAUCUGCAGAAGCGACUGCAGUCCUUCGAGAGCUUCUACCGCCACUUGUUCAACGGAAGGAAGUUGACCUGGCUGUAUCACCUGUGCCAGGGAGAAGUGCGCCUGGGCUACCUCAAAAAGCCAUAUGUUGUAACAAUGCAGGCAUUUCAGUUAGCUCUGCUGCUGAUGUUCGAACGAUCGGAUAGAAUCGUCUGUCGUGAAGCGUGUGACGCAUUGGAACUCAACGAAGAUCAGUUCCGUCGCCACUGUAUAAGCUUGUUAGAGUCCCGCAUAAUCUUGCUCGAAGGAGCGAAAGAUGUCGACGGUGAGGGUGCCAUCUUCCGGCUGAACACCGACUUUUCUAACAAGCGCAUCAAGUUCCGUCUCGGUGCACCAACACAGAGAGAUCCCCCUGAGGAGACGAAGCAGACACUGUCGUCGGUAGACGAAGACCGUAAGAUGUACCUGCAGGCGGCGAUCGUGCGAGUGAUGAAGAGCCGCAAGGUGCUGCGCCACACCGCUCUGGUCCAGGAGGUGCUGUCGCAGUCGAGCGCGGCGGCGUUUGCGCCCUCCAUCAGCCUCAUCAAGACCUGCAUCGAGGCGCUCAUCGACAAACAGUACCUCGAACGCUCACCUCGUGCUCCCGACGAGUACAGCUACGUGGCCUAACUGCUACAGAUAUUUGUUACAGUAAUUUUAUUUUUAGAUUGCCAUUGUGGCAUCAGUUGUUAUUGGUAUCUAAACAUAGAAAAAUAUGUUUCUAAUGGCCCUGACGCACUGGUCACAGUUACUUAUUAUUAUUAUUAUUAUUAUUAUUAUUAUUAUUAUUGGGCCUGACCAAUGGUUCCGAAUAUAUUACAUUGAAUGGGAGAGUGAGUUAAUUGUUACAUUUUUUAUGUUUGCUAGUCUGUAUAUUUUCGGGUUGCAGUUGUAUUUUUCCAUUACAGGUUGGUGCAAAAUACUGACUUGCUGUCCUGUUUUUAAACUCUUUAAGUGCCAGUGCAAUAAAAAUUUCUCGAGUUUCACACCGCGACAGUCUGCCGUAUAUCUGUGAUGUUUGGGGAAGCACGUUCCCUGCUUCCACCUUCCUGCGAAGUGCUGGAGUCUGUCGGUGACCUUACGUACUUGUC